AUGGCGACCCCUCCACCGUCAUCAACCACCAUCCCCGUCCUCCUGCUCAAGACGAGAUCCCAACCACACGACGCGUAUGAGGAGUACUUUUCCGACUUCCGCGGCCGCCGCGGCGGCGGCAACGCUACAAACAACGGCGCCGAAGCGUCCCCUCUCGUCUUCCUGCCCGAGUUUGUCCCCGUGCUCGAGCACCGGCCCAACAGCGAGAACUCGGCGAGGCUGGUGAAACUGUUGAGCGAGGGGCGAUUGAGUGAGCAGUAUGGGGGGAUGAUCUUCACCAGUCAGCGGGCCGUCGAGGCGUGGGCGGAUGUCGUCAAGAGGGUCGAGGGAGAGACACAGACAGAGACAGACACACCGACAGGGACAAAAACACGGCCACCGCAGACCAAUGCUGCUUCAACCCAAGACACAACAGGCAGUGGCACUACAAGCGUAGCCGAUGAUGACACUGGGGCCCGGGACAGCAAAGAGACAGGCACCGGCGCAGGUACAGAUACAGAUACAGACGCCGAUGCCACCCGCCCUCUCAUCGACGAUGACUUUACGUUCCCGCUCUACACGGUCGGCCCGGCCACCUCACGAGCCCUCAACACCCUGAUUGCCGAGUCGGCCGCCACCGUGCCGUCGUCGCAGUUCGCGCGUCUCCGGCCCGCCGUCUUCGGCGAACAUACCGGCAACGGGGACAAGCUGGCCCAAUACAUCCUCGCACACUACAACACGUUACACUCGCAGAGAGUGUACACCUUUUACGAGGCGCCGCGAUUACCGUUCACGCCGCUGUUGGGAUCCACGCGCGGGCAACGCGUCGACAAGGAUGACGCGCGGCUCAGGAAGAAACCGCUCCUCUUCCUCGUGGGCGAGCAAAGAAGGGACAUCAUCCCCAACACGCUGACGGACAAGGACGGCAGACUGCCGCCGGCGGAGCGGAUCCCGGUCGACGAACUCGAGGUGUAUGCCACCGCGGUCGUGGAGUCCGUGGAAGAGGACCUGCGCGACAGGUUGUCCUCCUUCUUCGACGCUGCAGGGCGAAAUGUAUCCCUUCCAGUCGUGGUAGUGGUGUUCAGUCCGCAGGGCUGUGAAUCGAUGCUUCGCGCAUUGGGGUUCAUUGACGAGGAGAAGAACUUGACGCCCCUCGCGAGCCGGCGGUGGACGGGCGAACAGUCUGACGAUCCGACUUCAAAGGACUCAGCCCGAUCAGAAUCUCAACACCGACGGUAUAUAGUCGUAACGAUCGGGCCCACGACGCGAGACCAUCUCAAGGCGACAUAUGGCUUUGACGCGGACGUCUGCGCCGCGAAACCCAGUCCCGAGGGCGUGGGUGCUGGGUUGGUGGAGUUUCUCACGCAGAAUCAUAUACUAUGA